CAAAGAUUAGAACCUGCUCCUCACAGUUGUGUUGGUGUGUGUGUGAGGGUUUUCAGAAGGUUUCUGUUGGAACUUGAUCCGGAUCACUUUUCUUCUUAAUUAGCUCAAGAUGUUUCUGUUCAUCAUCUGUGAUUCAUUCCUCUCGGCGGUUUCUCCUCAACCUUCUCCUCUUUGUUCCCGCUGCAGGUGGGCUGUGAUGGUGUGACUCUGACUGGAUGAGACCCCGUCUGUUCAUCCACCCCUUCAUCCAUCCGUCCAUCGCUCCGUCAGCUGGAGGAGAGAUCUGAUGAGAGGAGAGCAGAGGGAGGAGAGAAGAGACGACCUGAGAUGGCCAGCGCAGCUGACAGUGUAGGCAGUCUCGGAGCUGAGCAGAACCACCUGAGCGUCCCGGUCUCGGAUCAUGGAGCCUGGGCGACGGCCAUGAACAACCUGGGCAUCAUGCCGAUGGGAAUCAGCAGGCAGCCGCUGGUUUCAGAGUCUCUGUGCAUCCAGAGGUUCGAGCCCGGCCUCGGUCUCCUCACUCCCAUCAACCCCAUGAUGGCGGGAAUCAGCCUGGUCCCGCCCCCUCCCAUCCCCCCUGACAUGCCCGUCAUCAAAGAGAUCAUCCACUGCAAGAGCUGCACGCUGUUCCCCCAGAACCCCAGCCUGCCCCCUCCGUCCACCCGGGAGCGCCCCCCCGGCUGUAAGACGGUGUUUGUCGGAGGUCUGCCGGAGAAUGCCACAGAGGAGAUCGUCAGGGAGGUGUUUGAUCAGUGCGGAGAGAUCACCGCCAUCCGAAAGAGCAAGAAGAACUUCUGUCACAUCCGCUACAGCGAGGAGUUCAUGGUGGACAAAGCCAUCUACCUGUCAGGUGAGUCACACAGCAUGAUCGUCUGCCCUCGCAGCGUGGUGUUAGGUCGACUGAAAGUUAGGCUGAGACACAGAGAACGGCAUGGAUGGGACUCCAGCGUCCCUGCAGGAACAGAUGGGUGA